AUGUGCCGGUCUAUACGCUACCCUAGCAAGCGUCGGAUUGAGGUUGAUGUCAUGAAGCUGCUGAUGUCCGACUUCGAGGUCAACCUCGUGAACGACAACAUGCAGGAGUUCUACGUCCGUUUCUACGGCCCCACAGAGACUCCCUUCGCCGGUGGUGUGUGGAAGAUUCACGUCGAGCUCCCAGAACAGUAUCCUUUCAAGUCGCCGAGCAUUGGUUUCAUGAACAAGAUCUUCCAUCCCAACAUUGAUGAAUUGAGCGGAUCGGUCUGCUUGGAUGUCAUUAACCAGACGUGGUCGCCUAUGUUCGACAUGAUGAACAUCUUCGAAGUCUUCUUGCCUCAGCUUCUCCGCUACCCGAACCCCAAUGACCCGCUCAACGGGGAAGCCGCGGCCCUGUUGAUGCGCCAUCCGAGUGAGUACGAAGCGAAGGUCAAGGAGUAUGUGCAGAGGUUUGCGACCAAGGAGGCCGCAGACGCUGCCAUGGACGAUGAUGAAGACGGCAACGACGAGGAGAUGAGCGAUAUUGGGAGCAUAAGCGACGACGAGGCUAUGGAGUCAUGA